AUGCAAGAAGCUCAUCUAUCCCGGGAGUAUUUUGGUUUUUCUCAGUUCUUCGCCGUCACAUUCUUAUUGGGUUUCAUCAUAUUUUGGUCGUUACUACCGGACCUUAGUAUCUACCAAUCUGAUGAUUCCAAGAAUGAAUUAUUCACGUUUGUACAUGAAUUGGUAAACCUUCUGCCGCAACGCGCUUGGAUUAUUGUAAUCAACUGUGUAAUACUGAUGGGUAUGCUGUUCAUUUACCUAGGAUUGUUGAGCUAUAAUGAAGAUGUCUUAACAGCUCCAUUGGACGAUCUCACAACUGUUACCGAUUCACGCGCGAAUGUCGUACCCUGUUCAACACAUGAAGAAUUUUUACAGAAAUAUGCUUUUCAAGAAACAAGCGGGGUACUAGAUGUGCCUAUAACGGAAGUUUGUAAACUAUUGUAUGGACGACAAUAG